AUGUCGUCACGGACUCACCAUGACCAGCUCAUCGAGCGGGACCCCGCUGGGGAAGAUGUGAGGAGCCAAACGGAAUCGCAGGAAGAUGCAGCUCUCUUGAAAACAAUGGGCUAUAAGCCGGUCCUACAUCGGACAUACUCAUUUUUCGAAAACUUCGCCACGACAUUCGCCGCACUAUACUUCAUUGGUGGUGUACGUGUCACCUUUAGUACCGGUAUUGCCGCUGGCGGAAACUUGGCUUAUUGGAGUAGGACGAGCUACCUCGUGACGGUCGUUUUCACGUUUAUCACUGCAGCCGUCAUCGCAGAAGUCUGUUCUGCCUCGCCUUCUGCCGGAUCGAUUUACCUGUGGGCUGCGGAAGCAGGUGGGCCGAGAUUCGGACGACUCCUUGGAUUUAUCGUCGCAUGGUGGUCGACCACUGCGUGGACAACGUUCUGUGCCAGUAACACUCAAUCAGCGACAAACUAUCUGCUAUCCGUAGGCGGCCCAAUCGGAAUUCAUGGAUACGUACUUACCCGGCUUCAGGAAUUGACUGUGUUUGAUGUCGACUUUCCCAAGGAUGUGUCAGACGUCAAGUUCCGUGCUGUGCAAUGGAUCGUCACCGAGAUUCUUCUUGCCCUGGCAGCUCUGCUCAACUUCAUGCCACCGAGAUAUUUCAAAUAUGUCUUCUGGUUCUCCUCGGCGGUUGUUAUGCUCGACUUCUUCCUGAACGUCAUAUGGCUUCCGAUUGGGACAGCCAAUACCUGGGGAUUCAGAACUGCCGAGGAGGCCUUCAUGUCCACGUACAACGGAACCGGUGCUCCCCCAGGAUGGAAUUGGUGUCUCUCCUACCUUGCCACCGCCGGUAUUCUGAUUGGAUUCGACGCCUCCGGUCACGUCGCGGAGGAGACCAAGCACGCAUCUGUGACCGCCGCGCGUGGUAUCUUUUGGAGUACCGUAGCGAGUGGAAUUGGCGGCUUUGCAACCAUUAUACUAUUCCUCUUCUGCGCACCUACUGCCGACACGCUCUUCGGAUUUGGUUCGCCCCAGCCUUUCGUGCCUCUCUACGCGGUUGUACUCGGAAAGGGCGGGCACAUUUUCAUGAACAUCAUCUGCAUAUCUGCCCUCUGGCUUAACACAGCGAUUGCCAUAGUAGCUGCGUCUCGUCUUGUCUUCGCCGUUGCCCGUGAUGGCGUCCUCCCAUUCUCCUCUUGGGUCUCUGUUGUGCACAACGGCCAACCUCGCAAUGCCGUUAUCGUUGUCUGGGGAGUCGCGUCCUUGAUCACCUGCACCAUUCUCCCGUCGGACGUUGCAUUCACUUCCCUUGUUUCAGCGGCCGGUGUCCCUUCUGCGGCAGCAUACGGCCUCAUCUGCCUCGCCCGUCUCUUCCUCACCCCGAAACGAUUCCCGAAGCCCGCGUGGAGUCUUGGAAAGUGGUCCAAGCCAUUCCAGGUGAUCGGAGUGUUCUGGAACGGAUGGGUUGUUGCGGUGCUCUUCUCGCCGUAUGCAUUCCCAGUGACGGGCCAGAACCUCAACUACGCCCCUAUAAUCAUGGCCGGCGUGACCAUCUUCGCCCUUAUUUCGUACUUCAUCAUGCCGGAGGAGGCGUGGCUACCGAGGAACCGCAUCUCGAAUUUCGUCGAUAGCAAGGGUGUUGUCAGCUCGACGGUGGAUGAAGCUGGUGGCACAUCAAGCGAGGCACGUACGUCGCCUGAACCAGAACCUCAGACUAAGAACCCUGCCCAGAGUUGA